AUGCGCAACAGUGGCAUCUUGUCGCUCCUUGUGAGCUUCCUGCUCCUCAUCUCCUUCGUCGUCGCACAGGAGCCCUCGACGACAGCUGCAGAGACCACGGCGCAGCCACCAUCCACCCAGGCUCCUCCACCAACACAGUCCACCACCACCGACGUCUCGGCAACAGGGACACAAACCUCUGCCCAGCCCUCCGGUACUGGAAGCAAUGGGGGCGGUGGCGGCGGAAGCACAUCCCCAUCGCCAGGCAAGGGCUCAAACAGUGGCCCACCUGAUGUGCAUCUCAAGGUGCCCAACUUGUCAGUUGGUCGCAUCGAGCUUGACGUCGAUAACUUGCAGGCCGAUGUGAACCUGGCUGCUGAGAUCGCAGGUCUUGUGUCCAUCAACGCCGGUGUGCAAAUCGGUAUAACGAAGGUCAACAUUACCAUUGCCGAUGUUCAGGCAGAGCUGGAACUCGUUAUCAGACUUGGUCACCUCGUCGACAUUGUCAACCGCACGCUGCACACACUGGACCUUAACCCGCUACUGAUUAAUGUGCUCAACGAGGUUGGAGACAUUGUUGAGGGCGUCGUUGGUGCCGUCGACGGCCUACUGGGUUCCAUCCUCCAGGGCGAUACCAAGCUCAACUUCAUCAUCGACAAUCUGGGUCAUAUCGUGCAGGAGGUCGUCGGAGCUGGUGGAGAUGUCGUCAGUAGCAUCGUCGGCAGCUAUCAGCAGAACAUGACCUUCACUGGUCAGCAAAAGACACUGGACAACGGUCUGAUACAGAAGACGUACGAGUACGAUGCGCUCGGUGCUUUGGUGAACGUGGUCACCAACUCGCUGAACCAGGUCGUCAGCGCUGUGGUUAUAAAGGGCGGGGCAACCAACCCUGGAACCGGUGGAAGCACAACUACAACGUCGGCGACGACGCAGCAGCCCUCGGCGACGGGGAUGGCUCGACUGUUUUAG